AUGAAUACCGUGGCCGAUAAAUUUAUGAGUGCAUUGGGAGUAAUUCUUAUCCAGAUUCUGAUAUCAUGUCAGAUCGGAUCAAUCCAAUCAGCUCCUCUCUCCUCCUACUUGGUAUCUUCUUUUACACCUCCUGUUUCUGACUUCAACCAACCAUUAAACCACAUCGCGAUCAACAACAUCACUGGGGACAUCUAUAUAGGAGCACGAGAGAGGCUCUUCCAACUCGACUCAGACCUGAAUCUCAAAGAGGCUGUGGACACUGGAAAGUGCUAUUUACCGAAUGAAGAUAAUAUUAAUGAUAACAAACUCUUAAUAACUGUGGUAACACCUCAGAACUAUACACUAAUCAUUUGUGGAGGCUGUGGGAAUGGCUGCCAGAUAAGGAACCUGGCUAAUAUAUCACUUGACGUGAGAUAUCCAGAAAAUACUGGAGAUAUUGUGGCAACAGGUCCUGGAGACCUACGUACUGUUGGAGUCGUUGCUCUUGGAACCAAAUAUGAAAGUAAUGGAAAUGGUAGACUCGAUAGAUCAUUUUACUUAUUCAACGGGAUCAGCGGUCAGGCGAAUUCCGGGGCGAAGAGCUUUAUUUCAAAGCGCAGCAUUGCAGAAUUUGGAAUAUACCAAGAAUUAAAUGUAAUAAAAGUAACCGAUCUAAAUGGACAAGGUAAAUUCGCAUUUAAACAUCUUCUUUCUUACAAGGAUUAUCUGUACUACUUUAUAUCAAGAGGCGAGAGAACUUAUUUAGGACGUAUUUGUCGUGAUUCAUCCGACGACGAAUUCGAAUCGUACACGGAGAUAGAGCUGCAAUGUUCACAUGGUGGAUCUCAGAAUAUUAUUCAAUCAGCUUACAUUGGACCAGGAGGAUCCCAGCUAGCUGAAUCCAUGAACAUCAACACCACGGAUGACUUAUUGUACGCGAUAUUUUCAUCUUCACCUUUGUCUUCUCUUUGUGUGUAUAAGAUUAUCGAUGUCCAGCAGGGCUUUGAAGAUGCUAUCUUAGGUUGCAUUCUAGGAAAGGGCACUGGCACCGAGAACAGCUUCCUAUAUGAAAGUAAAUGUGAAAAGAUUUCUGCUGUCACUAAAAAGAUGUACAUCUAA